CUAUUAGCUCAUUCCUAAGAACAUUUUCAUUCCAGCUGCAAGUACGUCACUAGUUAACAGGAAAAAUGGAAGUUGCAACGAUGAAUUAGCCUCCUCUUCUUCCAAUUGGCUCUUCUACUGAAGUUUCUUCAUCAAUGGCGGAUGCUCCCAUUGCAGAGAGUUGCGAAGUUCAGCUUGAAGCUAAGCGUAAAGCUGACGGCUCCUGGCAUCCAUGUCAAGUCUCUCUCUGCUUGCAAUGUUGUGCCCUUAUUUGGAAUACGAAGUACUUCGUAUUAAUUUUUACAUUGCUUUGGUGGAAGUACUUCGUAGUAAUAUACAAUUGUCAAAACAGCUCUGGUGGAGGACUUUCUGUGAAAUUUGAAGGUCAAGUUUCAGAAGAUAUGAUGUUAGGCGUAGAAGAUGCACUGGCCUGUCUUCGAGUACGCUCAGUUCCUUUGCAGGGGGAUGAUUGCUGCUAUAUCGAGGAGGGAAAACAUGUUCUUGCUGCUCGCGAAAAAAACUAUCAGAAGCUCUUUCUUGAUGCAGUAGUGCAAAAGGUAAUAAGGGUGAGACAUUCAAAAAGGGCCUCUUGCAGAUGCACUUUUACGAUCAAAUGGCUUUUUGAUCAUGCUGAAAAUGGGAUUUCAAGUAUUCCAUCUAGCUCCAUCAUGAAGCUAGCUACAGAAAACAUUGAUUCCCAUCCAACUGUUGCUGCUUUCUUAAGUUCUAUGGAAAAAUCGCAUUUGUCUACUUCACCAUCAUCCCCUACAUCUUUUGAUGACUCUGAAAGCGAAUUUGAUUUCCCUGGAUUAUUAAAGCAUAUAGAAGGAAUUGGCAGCUUGACAAAUGCAUCUAAUAAAGAACUUCUAAACGACUCUCUUUUAGGAGUUGACCAUGGUGGAAGAGAUGUCCGGACCAAACUGAUUGCUUCAGAGCAAGUGAACAAAUGUGUUCAAGCUAGUUAUGGAAGCAGUCGGUUGAGGAGAUCAGCAAGAAGGAACGAUGUAACACAACCACCAAUUGAGGAUCUUAUAACUUCUGUACCAUCUUCUAUUGAGAACUCUGUACAAAACCAAUCUCCUCUUAAUCCUCUUGCUGCUCGUGCAGUUUUGGCCUCGUUAGUAUCAAAAUUUCCCCAAAAGAUUGUAAACAACAUGGAAUCAUAUCUGACAAAUGAAAGAGGGUUUUCAGAUAAGAGGCUUCAUGCAAAAACGUUGAAUGGAUUUCCUACGGAGGUCUGUAAUAAUAUUGAACCUUCUAUUGACUUAGGUGGAAGUUUAUCAUCCUCAAUGAGAGAUGAGGAGUCUACCCUUCCCGUGGAAGUAAGGAGACUAACUCGGUCAGCAAUGAAAAGAGAAAGUUCCAAUACAAAUCACGAUGAUGAUACCACAUCAGUUGAAGCUGCAACAUCUGUCCGCAUGACUCGCUUUGCAGCUCAUAAAAGGAAAGGAAAUACGGUUGAAAAGGCCAGUGAAGAAUCGCUAGACAAGACGAUUAGAUCAACCAGAUCAACUUGUUCUGCAAUAAAAAAAGGGAUGGAGGUUUCAUAUGCAGAAGAUAAGAAUAGAACCCUUGAUGAAGGCGCAAAGUGUACCAUCUUAAGAAGUCCAAUCCGUGUAACUCGUUCAACAGCUCGUGCAGGGAUUGAUCUCACUGGAGUUUUAGAUGACAAAGUCAAAGAAACAUUACAAGCUGAGCCCGAAAAUGAAAGUGCUCUACCAGAUUAUUCUAACUCUGACUAUGAGGCUGUUAUAUCACCACAGAGAAGGACCUUUCAACUGGUCAAUGCUGAGUUGAAACAAGCAGAAAGCAAUAAGAAGCAUAAGGUAGCUGUUGAGAGAAGACAAAAGAAAACAGCCGAAGAUCUUCAUGGCAAUGUAGAAACACAAUCUCGAAAGAAGUCAGUUCCUUCCAAGAACCAGCCCUCACGAUGUUCACCCAGACUUAGGUGUUCUCCCGGCACCCGAUCACAUAAUAAGUCUUAAGUUCAGGUGUAAUUGGAUUAUCGAUGUAUCGAGCCAGAGUGAUGGAAGCAUUGCUGCAAGCUGUAUCAUUAGAGUCACAAUUAUGUUGUAAUGUUUGUUGACAUUGGAGCUGUGUUCCUUCAAUUAUGUAUAUUUUGUGACUAGCAGGCUAGUUAUUAACACGAUUAGAUAGAGGAGGAUAUUAACAUGCUGGUGAAGUAGAUGAGAAUCUUGUUGUAAACUUGUAAUACCCUACUGUUCUGGCUGGUGCUCUGUUUGGCCAAGUGGGUCCGGCGAAAAAUAUUUAUAAAAAGAAAAGAGGGGGAAAAACUGUUACAGAAA